AUGGGUAUGGAGUCUGGAGGUGAAAAGACUUUUCAAUGUGAAGUUUGUGGCAAAACCUUCCUACAAUCAAAUGAACUCCUCCAACAUAUUCAAACUCACUCAGGGCAUGGCCAAGGUCAAGCUCACAAACCUGACCAAGCUCAAAAAGUUUACCAAUGUCAGACAUGUGGUCAGACCUUUGCCUUGCCCUCACAGCUUGCUAAGCAUUCCACGACUCACCUUGGCCAAAAGCCAUUUGUCUGUAACACUUGUGAUGCAGCAUUCUCUCAGUCUUCAGAACUAUGCAAACAUGUUCGGCUUCAUGCCCGCGAAGAGAAACCUUUCAAAUGUACUUCAUGUGAGGAGACAUUUGCUACACGGAUGCAUCUCUCAAAGCAUAUUUCUAUUCAUCAUCCAAUGCUGCAGGAAAACAAUAGAGAAAGGUUACACACUUUUACAGGCAAAGUAUGUGGCAAGGUGUUUCGAGGUACAGCUGCAGUAACCAGACCUGUAGUGAAUGCCUACAAGCCUACAACAAUUCUUACCACCACUACUACGACAAGCUCAACAACUACAACAGCGACGACCAAUCACACAUUUGCCUGUGAAAUAUGCAGUGAGACAUUCUCUUUUCUCUCUGACUUAUCUAACCAUGUGAAAUUAUGUCAUCCAGCAGAGAAAAUUUCUUUUACCUGCCCUGUCUGUGACAAGGUGUUUUCACAGUCCACUCACCUAGAGACACACUUGAGGAUUCAUUCGGGUGAAAAGCCAUUUGCCUGUGACAUUUGCAAUAAAGCCUUUUCUGAUUCAUCCCUCCUUGCACGUCAUGUUAUGGUGCACUCCUCAGAUAAAUCCUACACUUGCAAUACAUGUCAAGAGUCCUUCUCUCGUCAGUCACACUUGUCCAAGCACCUAAUCUCACACCUAAGAGAUAAACCUUAUGUCUGCAACAUCUGUGAAAAAGGGUUUUCUUGUUCUGCAGACCUGUGUCGUCAUGUCCGGACACACUCCAGCACAAAACUGUAUCGAUGUGAGAGCUGUGAUAAGACCUUCACCAUUUUGGCUAAUUUCCAGAAGCAUGCUCAAACGCAUUUUGGAAAAAAUCAUCUGUGUAAUGAAUGUGGGAAGUCUUUUGUGUCUCCCUCUGAGCUAGAAAAACAUGCCCUCCGUGUUCAUCAUGGUCUUAUGGAUAUCAGUAACAAUGGAGAAAAUGAUGAUAGCGACAAACCCGUCGAAUGUGAGAUCUGUGAUAAAACCUUCCUUAAUACAUCGAACUUAAAUACGCAUAUGAAAUCACACUUUGGUGAGAAACCUUUCAAAUGUACACUCUGUGAAAAGACAUUUGUUCACUUAUCUCACCUCUCACGACAUCAUCUGGUGCACUCUGGCAAUAAAACUUUUUCUUGCAACAUCUGCAACAAGACAUUUUCCCGUGCGCAAAACCUUACCAAACACAUGAAAAUGCAUUCUGGGCAAAGGCCUUUCACAUGCAAUUUAUGCCAAAAGACAUUUACUGAAACUUCGCACCUGGCACGUCAUGUUCGUAUCCAUUCUGGUGAGAGAACCCAUAGUAUAUAUGAUGAAGGUCACAAGACAUUCCCCCACUCUUCUGAUCUUUCACAACAGUUGAAGUCACAUCAAGAUACUGGCAUUUUGUGCAAUUCUACUGAAGUGAAAGAAUUUGGAAAGCAACAGUCCUAUGCAUGUUAUAUUUGUGAGGAGUCUUUUCUGCAGUUCUCAGAUAUUGUUGCUCAUGCUCGGUUACAUUUGUCCCCAAUUUCAAGUGUAUCACAGGAUGAUGUUGGCUCUCAGCUUGGGGUCACUCCAUUUGUGUGUGGGGUAUGUGGUAAGGCGUUCGCUCAAGCAGACACAUUGUUGGCCCACAUUGAAAAUCACCCAAUGGAAAAUCCUAAAGACUUAGUUGACGAGGAGCAGGAGGAAGAUGAUGAGGAGGAAGAUGAGGAUGAAGAUGAUGAUGAUGAUGAUGAUCAGUUGAUGUCAGAGUAA